AUGGCCACCACAUUUCUGCAAACUUCUUCUUCCACCUUUGGGGGUGGCUCCACGCGAGGGGGCUCCCUCAGGGCUGGGGGAGGGGGCUUCGGUGGAGGGAGUCUCUAUGGGGGAGGUGGAAGCCGCAGUAUUUCAGCUUCUUCUGCGAGGUUUGUCUCGUCGGGCUCUGGAGGGGGCUAUGGAGGCGGCAUGAGCUGCGGCUUUGGCAGUGCCGGUAGUGGUUUUGGCGGAGGCUUUGGUGGGGGUUUGGGUGGUGGCUUUGGUGACUUUGGUGGUGGAGAUGGUGGCCUCCUCUCUGGCAAUGAGAAGGUGACCAUGCAGAACCUCAACGACCGCCUGGCCUCCUACCUGGACAAGGUGCGUGCCCUGGAGCAGGCGAACACAGAGUUGGAGGUGAAGAUCCGAGACUGGUACCAGAAGCAGAGUCCGGCCAGUCCCGAACGUGACUAUAGCCACUAUUUUAAGACCAUGGAAGAGAUUCGUGACAAAAUCCUGGCUGCCACCAUCGACAACUCCCGGGUCAUCCUGGAGAUCGACAAUGCUAGGCUGGCUGCGGAUGACUUCAGGCUCAAGUAUGAGAACGAGCUGGCCCUGCGCCAGAGUGUGGAAGCUGACAUCAAUGGCCUGCGCAGGGUGCUGGAUGAGCUGACCCUGGCCAGGACUGACCUGGAGAUGCAGAUUGAGAGCCUGAAUGAAGAGCUGGCCUACCUGAAGAAGAACCACGAGGAGGAGAUGAAGGAGUUCAGCAACCAGCUGGCCGGCCAGGUCAAUGUGGAGAUGGAUGCUGCACCUGGUGUGGACCUGACCCGCAUGCUGACUGAGAUGAGGGAGCAGUAUGAGGCCAUUGCAGAGAAGAACCGUCGGGAUGCUGAGGCCUGGUUCUUCAGCAAGACCGAGGAGCUGAACAAGGAAGUGGUCUCCAACACAGAAAUGAUCCAGACCAGCAAGACAGAGAUCACAGACCUGAGACGCACCAUGCAGGGGCUGGAGAUCGAACUGCAGUCCCAGCUUAGCAUGAAAGCCGGACUAGAGAACUCACUGGCAGAGAUUGAGUGUCGCUACGCAACACAGCUGCAGCAGAUCCAGGGGCUCAUCAGUGGCCUUGAGGCCCAGCUGAGUGAGCUCCGCAGUGAGAUGGAGUGCCAAAACCAGGAGUACAACAUGCUUUUGGACAUCAAGACUCGGCUGGAGCAGGAGAUCGCCACCUACCGCAGCCUGCUCGAGGGCCAGGAUGCCAAGAUGGCUGGCAUUGGCACCAAGGAAGCCUCCCUGGGAGGUGGUGGCGGUGGCAGCAGCAGCAGCAAUUUCCGUGUUCACGUAGUGGAGUCUUCAGAUGGAAAGUUGGUUUCCUCCAGCAAGAGAGAAAUCUGA